GUUUGGUGCUCUGUUCAAGUUCAAAAAUUCAUUCUGUCUUCAAGCCUUAUUACUUGCUUAACAUUUCCAAUUGACAAUGACGGACACGAGUAAAGUGACGAAGGCAGAGAGCAAUGGGAUUCCGCCCCCGCCUUUCGAACUGCCUCUCCCGGAUAGACCUGAAAUCAUCACUGCGAACAUGUUCAAGUUGAAUACGCUUGCGACCUCGCCACGCUUGAAAUUCUUGAUGGACAAACUCGUUGAGCAUAUGCAUGGUUUUAUUCAAGAAACUAAUCUUACAACAGAAGAGUGGAUGACGACUAUCCAAUUCUUGACGCGUACUGGACAAAAAUGCACGGAUAUUCGUCAGGAGUUUAUACUGCUAUCAGAUGUACUUGGUAUCUCUGGGCUUGUGGACGCGUUGAAUAACCCGCCGCUUGGGAAUACGACUGAGAGCAGUGUGCUGGGACCGUUUUUCACUGAGGAUGCGCAAGAUGUUGCGCUUGGAGAUUCGAUUGCUUCUGAGGGCAAAGGAGAAUACCUUUGGGUCGAAGGACGUGUUCUGGACUCAAAGGGAAAUCCAAUCCCUGAAGUUCUAAUCGAGACCUGGGAGACUGAUGCAAAUGGAUUCUACGACGUCCAAUACACAGACCGUUCGACUCCGGACUGUAGAGGCCGCCUCCGCUCGGGCAAAGACGGAAAGUUCGCCUAUCGAGCCGUUGUGCCCGUUGCGUAUCCUAUUCCUGGUGAUGGCCCUGUAGGUGAACUGCUCAACAAGUUGAAGAGACACAACAUGCGCCCGAAUCACUUGCAUAUGAUGUUCGAAAAACCUGGCUUCAAUACUUUGAUAACUGCACUUUACCCAGAAGGUGAUCCGUUGAUUUUUAGUGAUGCUGUCUUUGGCGUGAAGAAGAGCCUUACUGUCAAACUUGAAACCGUGAAAUCAGAGGAAGAAGCACGUGCCAAGGGCUUCGCGAAAGGAAGCGAGUUCAAGCUGUUGAAGCGUGAUAUCGUGAUGGCUACUGAAGAAGAGACGAAGGCGGCUAGAGCGCAACAUGCGAAAGAAUUUGGCGUGGUUGCAUGAGUGUAUUCGAUAAUCCAUGCCGACCGAAGACGUUUCUCGUCGUAAAUGCAAUCCAUGUACUGAUGAAAAAGCACAUAAUAAUUGUCAAUAUGAAUGUUGUUGGUAUGUUCGAA